ACCGGGUUCCCCCUCCCCCCACAAGGAAUUUCCAGUCGUCGGGGUGUUCGCCGUUCUCUCAAUUCCCACGGGGAUGUUCCCCGAUAGCACCCGCAUCCAAGACCUUCUCAAUCCAGUUAUACCCUCUCGGAAGAACCUCUGGAAUCUGCCUAAAUUUUUUUCGAUGCUGCUAUCUGUUGUGAGUAAUGAUCGAAAAGAGUACGAGGUCCACAACAGCUCUGAGGCACUUGAUUGACUGUAGACAUGAACGAUUGGAAUUCCCCUUAUUCGAUUGGCCUCUAAGCGCUGGGCUGCCAAGACGGGACAAACCACCGAUAUAUAAAAGCUGGAAGAAACCCAGCAGUUCCCUGGUUCUCCUCAAGAGAAAUUCGGGUGAAAUAUAAGAGACCAAUUGGACCUCUUGCGAAAUACCCCCUUUGAACUUUUCAACAAGUUGUACUUUUUUCGCUGCCUAUCACUCGGACCCGAAGGAAGCAAAGAACACCCUUCACAAUGCAGUUGAGUCUCCUAUGGAAGGCGCCCGAAGUUAAUCCGGCGAACCACAAAGCCAGGUCGGUGCCUAUUCUGAAUCCUUACGACAAGUAUGGACGGACUUUCUUCUUUUCGACUUUCGGAUUCAUGAUUGCGUUCCUGUCAUGGUACGCAUUUCCUCCACUGAUGGGAAAAACCAUCAAGAAAGACCUGGCUUUGACCCAGGCCGAAGUUGCCAAUUCUAACGUCCUUGCUUUGACCGCAACUCUCGUCGUCCGUCUCUUCAUCGGCCCUCUUUGCGACCGCUUUGGUCCCCGUCUCUGCUUUGCCGGAAUCCUGCUCGCAGGUUCAAUUCCCACUGCCCUUGCUGGACUUGUCCACAACGCAACCGGCCUCCUCGCCCUCCGCUUCUUCGUGGGCGUCUUGGGAGCCACAUUUGUCCCUUGUCAAGUCUGGUCAACUGGUUUCUUCGACAAGAACGUUGUUGGAACCGCCAAUGGACUCAUGGCCGGUAUUGGUAACGCUGGUGGUGGAAUCACAUACUUCGUCAUGCCCGCAAUCUUCGACUCCUUGGUUCACGACCGCGGCCUGACUCCACACAAAGCCUGGCGCGUAGCCUUCGUGGUCCCUUUCAUCCUCAUUGUUGCGAUGGCCUUGGGCAUGAUAUUCAUUUGCGAAGACACGCCAACUGGUUCAUGGGCCGAUAGGCACAACUUUACUCCACGCACAAUCGAAGGUAAGAUCGUGGAUGCGACCGGAAACAUCAACGACGCCCCCACCGCAGACGAGUCUCCCAAGGGUGCCCCGUACUCAGAGAAAGACAAGAAGACUAGCGACCCGGAGAACGCUAGUAGCAGCGCAAGCAUUGACUUGGAAACCAUCGUUCAGAGCGAGGUCAUUCAGGCUCCUACCCUUCAGGAGGCUAUACAGGUCAUUUUCUCACUGCAAUGUCUUAUGCUCGCGGCACCGUAUGCUUGCUCCUUCGGUGGGGAGUUGGCGAUUAACUCGAUUCUGGGAUCAUACUACAUCAAGAACUUCAAAUACCUUGGGCAGACGAACUCCGGAAGGUGGGCCGCUAUGUUUGGUCUUCUCAACGUUUUCUUCAGACCUGCUGGUGGGAUUAUCGCGGACAUCAUUUACAGACAUACGAAGAGUGUCGCGGCGAAGAAAUGGUGGCUUGUCUUCAUCGGCUGCAUGCAAGGUGUUUUCUGCCUGGCUAUUGGAAUCCUGAACCCACACGACGAAUCUACGAUGUUUGGGCUUGUUGCUGGAUUGGCAUUCUUCAUGGACGCUUCUAACGGCGGCAACUUCGCCUUGGUCCCGCACGUGCACCCAUUCGCCAAUGGUAUUCUAUCGGGAGUAGUCGGCGCUGCGGGCAACUUGGGCGGUGUCAUUUUCAGUGUCAUCUUCCGAUACAAUGGCACAAAUUAUGACAAAGUCAUCAUGAUCAUCGGGGCAAUCUGUAUCGGAAUCAACCUUGGAAUCAGUUGGAUAAGGCCUAUCCCGAAGGGGCAGAUUGGUGGGAGAUAAGAGUUGCCGUCUUUUUUUCACCUAGUAAUUAUUUAUAGCUAGUAUGAUAUCUUUGUAUCUUUUUUCUCCUUCUUUAUGAUUGGUUUAUGAUUAAUGGUGGUGUUUUUUUUCUGAAUUUCCGAGUUUCUUUCCUUCCCCCCCUCCCUCUUGACUUGUACUUGCCGAGGGAGCUCCUUGAGUAGAUAAAACUGUAUCUAUUAGAUUUGGCAUGCGAUAUCAUGUAUGGCUCGUAUUAUUGUUUCACAAUUAAGGCAGCACUGUGCUCCAGUUGGAGGUUUCGGCAAAA